AUGCGAACGUGGUCCAGCCUUCCAGCAGGCCUGAGGCAUUCGUCCUUGGCCGUGACACCGGGCGGCAAUUCGCGCACUCAUUACCGUAGUGUUAUAGCUUCAGCUUCAUUUCAAAGCAAUGACAGUUUUUGUACCCCGCAGCGAAGCUCAGGCUAUGGACCCAUUCGCCGUCGACCCAUUCGCUGUCGACAAGCUCUCAACCAGCGACUAGGCAGCUUCCAGUUGCGUCGAAAUUUCUCGAAUACCCCGGCUGCGCGAAUCACACUGGAAGAAGAUGACGAGGACGAUCCAACUCCGCCGCCCCUGGUCAACAGACACCCGAAUCGUCUGGAUGGCAAAGACAAUUUGCGGAAGAUUCUUUCAUCUCGAACAGAGAAGCCUAGAAAGCGUACUGUGUUCACGACUCAGGACCGGGUAGAGAUUAUCAUGAUUGGGCACAAGCUUCGAUUCAUGACUCCCGUCUCUCAACUUGGUCAGGAAUUUGUGGAUCUCAAAUAUCACAACCUCAAUACGAUUCUGUUGAAAUGUGAGAACCAUUUCCGAUCGUGGAAAAGGAAAUAUGUCGAGGCCUUUCAUGCAAUUGUGAUCGAGCCCUUCAAUGCAACAUUUGCAUUGCUCCAGACAGAGCUUCAAGAAAAUCACUACGGGAACAGGCUGAUUGAGCACGAAUAUUGCAAGAUUCGCUUUAAGAGAUAUCCCACACUGCGAAAGCGAGUUGAAAAAUCGGCCCGGAAUAUCGCCAAUCUGCAGGUUGCAGUCAGCCAGGGAAUCCGCAAAACCCUUGAGGGAGUUGUCAAUGAUUCGGAAGUCUACACACAGGAUCUCGUCAAUCUGGUUGAAAGGGACUACUUGCAGCCCCGAGAGUCUGCUAGAGCUAACCUCGACGUCCUCCUAGAAUAUUCGGAGAUGCUGCAAGUAGAGUACCGCCAGCUCCAAAAGAAAGGAUUCGCCGUGCGAGACGGGGCGAUUAAAAUUCAAGGGGCUUUGAUUGACCUAGCACACACGAGUAUAUCUGGUGGUCCAAAGUACAUGGCAAUGGCACAUUCACUCAAAGCGAAUACGGUAGCAACUGCUCAGAUCGCCCACUAUUACCGAGGCUAUUGGUACAGAUCCAGGGAAUCUCAGGAUCCACUCAAAGCCGCAGGCAACCACGUACCCAACAAAGUUAUCCAGUACAAUACCCAACGAUCUCCCUGGGAGGUCUCGACAGCACUGUUGUUGGAUAGACCCCCUAAUUUGAAAGGAGUCAUCGAAAAGGAACAGACCUUGCCCGCCCGUCGGCUAUGGGAAAAUUAUCGAAAAUGGCGCCAAGGGCCCCAAACCACUAGAUGCUUGCCAGAGAACAGAUAUCUACGCCAGCUAGAUGCCAUGGCACCCUUCGAUAUUCUCCAUUUCAUGCAACGAGAAAUCUUCAAUGAGACGUACUACUUGAUAGGUUCCUUGCAAGGCACAUAUGGCCCUAUGUGGGAUGGCCUCUCUCCUUCUAAGGCCGCGCAGUCUGCUGACCGGAUCUUCGAUUGGGCCACUAAAUACCGCCAAAGUCAAAGGGACUUCAUGACAGAGCUGAGUCUGUACAGAAAUAUCAAUUGGAUUCGACUUCAAACGGAGGAAAAACUCGAAGACUUGGGCUUGCCCAGCAUGCAAAAACAGGAUUUUUUCAAUUUGCCUCAGCCAUUAAGUCAAGACGAAUCUCUAUUUGAAUCCUACGUUGAUUCACUGGCCUCAAUUAGCAUCAACUCAUGGUGGAUAUCUAUAAUAUUGAACACUAAUCAGGAGUCUUUGCUGAGCUCGACAGUGUCGGUGAAAUCAUUUUGGAAUCGCAUAGGGAAACUGAUACGCCACCGAGAGAAAAUCAUGAAUUCCCCGGGAAUCCAAAAUCUGGGCUCUGAGAUCGCCAUCCGGAAACCCCUGAGGCGGAGAAGACGUCGGGGUCAGCCGUCGAAAGUUCUUCAGAAAAAUAAGGACACAAAGCCCGAUAUCCGCAAUAAUUCUUCGAACCAAGCGCAAGAACCGUCAGAGUCUGGACAGAUUCCAUUUGCAGCUGUCAUGUCUAAGCUCAUGGCACCAUUUUGGACCACGACGAAACCCCAUUCCGAACAAAAAGCAGCCUCAAAGAUAUCGUUUGACGCGAAUACCCCGGACAACAAGCAGAAUGCUAUAUCUGAAAAGCGGAUUUCGGAUAAGAAACCGACCGACCAUGUGAUGAAGCCUUGGUCUGCGAAAUCGGCAUCGUCCGAGCCUUCGGGAAAACAUCGAUCAACAACAGACGACCCCUUUGCAACUCAGAAACCCCUUCAAGCAAGCGCGGGAACCAGCUCAAAGAAUGGCAGGCGAGAGGCCAUGGGUGCAGACCUCAAAGCUACGGUGAAUAAGCUGCGGGUACUAGCCGAGCUUGACGCGACGCAGGAGUCUUCUCCAACGACACCAGCAGCAGGAGUUGCUGGAAAGACUUCAGGUCGGAAAACCUUGCGAGCCUACCGUCGCCGAGUAAUAAAACGAUCGUAUUGUACCGAUUCACGAUUCACCGAUGCCAAUGCCCGGGACUGCAGCCAUGACCCUCUUGAAAAUCAACCAGCCGCCACCAAUGUCCCCUCAAUCAGAACAACCACUAAAGAUACUACUUGGUCCACAGAGGACGGAUUAAUCCCUUCCCACAUCCCAUCUUCGGUGCUCAAUGGCAAAGCCAACUCAGAGGCUACCCCAUCAUUCUGGACCCAUAGCGACCAACGAGCCCCGAGCGGUCAGAAAGUUCUUGUCCAUUACUGCAGAACCCUCGAAAGCACCGAAGAAAUCUCAAAACUCUUCAUCGGCAGCAAAGUCAUUGGCUUUGACAUGGAAUGGAAAGCCCAAGCCUUCGCUACAGACACCAUCCAGAACAACCUCUCAUUGAUCCAGAUCGCGAAUGAAGACCGUAUCGCGCUUUUCCAAAUCGCCCUUUUUAAGCCUGCUCGCGGUCUGGAAGACUUUGUUGCUCCAACCCUCCGACGCAUUCUCGAGUCUACAGAUAUCACCAAGGUCGGAGUUGCGAUCAAAGCGGACUCGACUCGUUUGCGCAAGUUCCUUGGCGUUGAGGCGCGGUCGAUCUUUGAGUUGAGCCAUUUGUUCAAGUUGGUUAAGUAUGGUCAGGCGAAUCCAAAGCUGGUCAAUAAGAGGAGUGUAAAUUUGAGUGAGCAAAUGGAAGAGCAUUUUGGAUUGCCGCUUGAGAAAAGCGAGGAUGUGCGGUGCGGGGAUUGGACGAGGUCUUUGAAUUAUCGUCAAGUCCAAUAUGCCGCUACGGAUCCUUACGCAUGUCUCUGUCUGUUCAAUGCCAUGGAACAAAAGAGAGAGGCCAUGCUCCCUGUCCCGCCUCGCCCUGCGCAUGCCGAACUGAACCAGCCAAUUAUUAUUCCCAGCGGGGAUGUGGUGAGGAGUGGAGAUAAGGAGUCUGCAGCCACUGAUCCCAUCGAGGUUGAUGUUGCUGAGCGCUCUUAG